AAUCAAAGUUAUCGCGCAAAGUUUGGAUUUCCUUUCGUCAUCUGUGCACGUGAAAACAAGAAGGACGCCAUAAUCAGUGGCCUGAAAAGAAGGGUCGAAAAUGAUAAGGAGACAGAGCUGAGGACAGGAAUCCAAGAGGUCAAGAAAAUAAUGUUACUGAGGCUUAAAGAUCUGAUGGAAGACAGAGAAUCAAAACUAUAAAAGUGCUGAAGCGAAUGAUUAUGGUUCAGGGGCAAAUCCAGGGGCGAUGAAGACAGACCCUUUUGAUUAAAUUUCAGACCCUUUUGAUUAAAUUUCUCAGUAUUUAUAUCCUCAGUAAGCCACCCCCUUUUCCUCACAUUCCUGGUAAAACCUUUGUAAGAGUCACCCCCCCCCCCCCACUAAAAUUCCUGGAUCUGCCACUGAUGGUUUGAUUAGAUUGAGGGAAGAGAUAAUAUUUGCCAGAGUUGGGGAGGUUUAGGGGCGUAAAGGAGGAAAAGUUGGUCAAUGUAUAUGAUCCAUGGACAUUGAAGCUUUUUGUAAUAUAGAUGUAGCCAAUAAUGGGAAAAUCUUAUUGUAAUAAUUUAUUGCACUCUGCUACACAAUAUUUUUCAUUGUAUUCUUAACAUUAUUAUGUACACUCAUAACCUCAGUGAUAUAUACAUUUUUUUGGCUAACCUUAGCUAGUACUACAAUGAUAUUGCACUAUUUAAAAUUAUUCUAAAUUUUCAUAAGAAUUCAAAGGCAAAAUGCAAGCUAUAUAAAUUGCACAUUAAUUCUGAAUAAGUAUUUCAGUGCAGUAUUAAAUUAUGGUUAUGGAUUUCCUGUGGCUUCCUAAACACACUCCCUUCCCCUAAACUAUUUACAAUCAAUGCAGGUGCCUAGGUUACAAGCUGUUUUUCUAAAACUGUGAAAUGUGAACAUAUAUGGAA